UCACUCGUGACCUGCAAAAAUGAAGGACUCAAGACUCAGGAAUCGUCGGUCGGAGACAUCCAGAAAGCAUGCCACCAAUGACUGUGUUCGGCCUUUGACGCCCUUUGUUAUCCUUUCCUCUGAAUCCUUCAAGCUCCUCGAGUUCCUCAACCUCUUCCAGCUCCCAUAGCUCCCACCGCCCUGGCACUCCCCGGGAUUACCUCACACUGGGUACCUCACGCGCCACUUCUGACGCACAUUCACCCCACCUUCCCGCCUGUCACCGCAUAGGUAGCUACGACCAUCGCGACGACGAUCCCUCGCUUCAACUGCCUGGCACCGCAUCAGCCACUCGAUUUACCAAGAUAGUCCUUCACAAAUGACAUGGCACCAGACUUGAACUCUCUUCCUUCAUCUCCUCCAUCUCUACCCAUCCGAUCCAGAAUGUCAUCCAUCAACGGCGAAGCUCCUCUCCCUCCUGCGGCUGGCGGUCCAGCUCCUCGUGGGGAGUCCCCCGCUGGCUCGCCGCGACGCCAGUCAACCUCGCUGCAAGCCGCAGCUACGUUGAACGCUAGCCUUCAAAACGAACCGUCUCGACGCUCCUCCAGCGGUUCCGUAUCUCGAAGUCGACAGUCACCCAACGCCGGCCGAAGACUGUCUACGGUUCUCAUGAACCUGCAGCUUAACGAUCCUUCUCUUCCCGGCCCGGGUGAGAUGGUCGCAGAUAACCAACAUGGGCAGACUGGUGCCACAACCGCCAGUCCGCAGCCCAUGACAACCUCGCCCAUGAUGGUUCCCGGUGGUGAUCCCCAUCACAAUCGGGCGCCCAGUCUGGGAGAGCUCCAUCAGGAGCUUGAAGCCGAGCAGGAAGCUCAAGUUAACCGCCUCCUCCAGAUGAUCCGCCAGCAGCAGUUGCAGCUUCAGCAACUCCAAGCGGGCCAGGGGCAGAGCUCUUCUGCUGUCGAGGACUCGGCGAUUGCUCCUGAGAGAUCCAACCAGGGAACCCCCAUUUCGCAGCCGCCUUCGGGCUUCGCUCCGCUGCCUUCCUCGGGCUCCUUCUCACGAUCCCCGGUUGUGCCCCAUCCACGAAGCUCAUUUGAUAUGGCGAGAGCAGAUAUUCAACGCCGCUCUCGAACCCCGAGUCGCGGCGCUUCCCCGAGACUGCGCUCAACAUCUAUAAGCGGCGACAGCGGCGAACAGUAUACCCUUGGAGGUCGUGACGAAAGCGCCUUUUACCAGGCCGAGACCCAGAUGCUGGUCAGAGAGAAUCAGAUGCUCCGGCACCGCAUAAGAGACUUGGAGAAACAAUUGACGGAUCUGCUGCCUGCAACCAGCUCCCAAGGCAACCCCAGCGAGCCUGCCCACCCAUCUCACCUCAGAGCUGCCGCUGCCGGUGAGGAGCUUGCGACGCCCUCGACCAGCGACGUGGCCAAGGAAGCGUGAUUGAACUGUACUAUUUUGUGAGGGUGAACGGCCCCGGGGUAUCUGGCGUUUCAGAAAACUUGCUACAUUUCACGAUUGCAAUGACAUGGCUUAGGCGUUGGUCGGAUGGGCGGGAUGGGCUCUCCUCUGUGUUGCUAUUAGCUCCAGUAUCAAUAAUGGAGUGUGAAUGAUUCGAGAUGCGAUGGUGAAGCUGCUUUCGUGAUUUAAAGUGGGGGGGCUUGGUUGGGAAUGCUGAGUUCAGUCCAACCUGUUGUUGCAUGGCGUGACUCUUCAUCGUCAACAGAUCGCGACUCGUGCGGCAUUAGCUUCAGAGCAGCUGGGAGGUUGUUUAACUGAAGCACGACAUCCUUCUCAUCAUUUUCUUUGUCGAAUCAAGCAAAAAGACGCAAACUGCAAAAAAGAUUUGGACGAUCUGGGAAUCGAACCCAGGACCUACCGCAUGCUAAGCGGUCAUUAU